AUGGCAUUAGGGGGUUCACUCCUCGCGUUGCGAAAAGAUAUAUGGGCGAGAGCAAACAAAUUGUUGCGGGUUCAAAGAACAGCUGCAGCACAGACAAUGUACUACCAGCCAUCAAACAUCGUACCGCUUAGAUGCAUAGCUCCUACCGCUGUUGUAGGCACACCGUAUGGCGCGUAUGUUAAUCAAUACGUGAGUGAACUGCAGGCGUGGUGUAGGGCCUCAGAUGAAGCAGUUGUGGCAACACAAAAACAACUCCAACGACUUGCUGCGGAGCGUGAGAGGACGAAAUAUCUGUUCCGAAGGCAGUUACUGUUGUUCAUACCCAUUACAGCGGUGGCGCCAUUCUUCCUACGAGAAUACGUGGAUCGAAUCUGUGCUGAGCGAACGCAUGAGUUUCUGAGGAAACACGCCGAAGAGCGAUGCUCAUUGAAGUGGAUCGCGAUUUGA